AUGGAAGACCUAGUCGGCUGGGCCAAAAGCCACGGAGCCGCCCUCCACCCGUCGGUCGAGGUCUACAACGACCCCAACACCGGCAACUCGUUCCGUGUCUCCCCCGAAGGCGCCGGCGUCGAACCGGGCGAGACCAUUGUCACCUGUCCCUUGGACCUGACGCUGUCUUACCUCAACGCCGCCUCCACGCCCAGCCCAGGCUUCCAUCACGAAGGCGCCGCUCCUUCGUCCAGCCCCUUCCCCCCCUCGUUCCUCGCCUCCGUCCCGCCUCACGUCAUCGGCCGCUUCUUCCUUAUCCACCAGUACCUGCUCGGCAAGGAAUCCUUUUGGUACCCCUACAUCAAGACCCUUCCACAGCCGCACCACCUCCAGUCCUGGAUCUUGCCGCCGCUCUGGCCCGCCGACGACCUCGAGCUGCUCGAGGACACCAACGUCCACGUCGCCGUCGCCGAGAUCAAGUCCCGUCUGAAGGCCGAGUUCAAACACGCCAUCGCCUCCUUCGCCGACGACCCCGCCCGCCACGACUACACACGCCUCCUCUACAACUGGGCGUACUGCAUCUUCACCAGCCGCAGCUUCCGCCCAUCCCUCGUCAUCCCCGCCGCCCGCCAGCCGACCCUCUCGCUGCCUGAGGGGUGCGCCAUCGACGACUUCUCCCUGCUACUGCCCCUCUUCGACGUUGGCAACCACGCGCCCACGGCCGCUAUUGCCUGGGACGCCGACGCCGACACGAACAAGUGCACCUUGCGCACACUGCAUCCCUACGUGCCCGGCGCUCAGGUCUUCAACAACUACGGCACCACCAAGACCAACGCCGAGCUGAUGCUCGCCUACGGCUUUUGCAUCCCCGAGUCGGCCCACCUGCACAACGACUACGUCCACGUCCAGAGGCGGGGGGGCGCGAAGCCCGCCGCCGAAGAGAGCGCAGGCGCCGCCGCCGCCGCCGCCAAACCCAGAGACUACCUCAUCUCCCUCCGGCCUGUCGCCGAUCCGAGCUCUGUGGCGGCAAGAUCUGUGCGCCUGCUCUCCGAUGUUGACGGGACCAAGGUCUUGCCCCCCUUUCGCCAUGUUCAGGACACCAUGGUCUGGGAGCUAGUCCUGGCGCAGACGACCCCCGAACAGCGCGAGGAAUUGCUACCUGUCCCCGAGGGCGCCGGCCCUGAUACAGACCUGGAGCGGCUGCGAAGGGUGCUAACGGGUGAUGUCACCGCGGCGUUCCAGCCGGUUCUGUUCCAGACCGUCGCCAUCAUCCAAAACAAGGUCCUUCAGGAACUCGAGCGACUGGACCAGUCCGAGUUCGAGAUGGACGAGGCCGCGGCGACGCGGAACCAGCUCAUGGCGUAUCACUACCGAAGACAGUGCCGCAAGGUUCUGAUGAAUGUGCUCGAGUCCAUGGAGAUGCCAGACGAGUCUGCAUGA